AUGUCGCCGAUUACGUUGUCAGUUGGUGUUGGUAUGAGGUCGCCCAUAGGGCACUACAAGAGAGAGGGGGUGACUGAGCCGAGACUGGUCAGCUACGUGCCGAAGAAGUUGAAGCCUGAGGACAGAGCUUGGAACUUCCCCAAAGGGUUGGACGUUUAUGACUUGGUGCUGGAUGGGCACUCGUACAGUUCACAGCAUCUUCUGCAACAGACAAAACACAAAAAGGUUAUCAAACCAAACGGUCCAACCGACUUGUACCGCGUGCCCAUCCUGUCCUCUAUGGACGUGGGCUGGCACUUGAACGACUCUGCUCUCCAGGGCCAGGACUGGAUGGAAGUCAGGAAGAAGUACCCGUGGCCCUGGUCCGAGAUGACCAGAUUCCUGGACCACAUACGGCGGGUGGACAAGUUUUGCAACAUGUAAGAGAGGGCGGAAAGGAAAAGUAUUCAACAGCGUCAAAUUUUCGGACCAUAAAAUCUCCACAACAUUUUUCUUUGUAAAAAAAAAAGAAAGCACACAAAAAUAGGAAUAUGAAUAAUAAAGGCAACAAGAGCGUGGAAAGUUGAGUAAGAAAAAGAUCUGCGUCUGUCAAACCGCAUAAGGGAGAAGAGGAAGUCACCGCGAAUACGGCUCAGCAGCACAAGGAAGGGUAAACGUGGGAAGGAGUGAGAGGGGGAGGGGGUCGUUGGGAGGAGGACUCCCCCCCCCUCUCUCUCUCUCUCCACCCUUCCGCCGCCCCCGCCGUGGAUCGUCUAACGAGAUGUUUGCCCUGAGCCCUGAUUCUGUCUCAAUCUGGCCUGCUGAUAGCGUGAUGGCACGCCGAGCCGAGCCGUGCACUGCCAGACACAUUGUCACACCGGGAACGCGCGGGGCGCCCUUUCCUCCUCAACUAUAAACAGUAACAAUUGGCGUUCACUAAAUUAGUAUUACAUCAAGACGACCUAAUAGCUUUUAGCCGGCUAAAAAUCCCCGCACAGUAUUUUCUGCAAAUCAUACAUUUUUUUCCUCCUUCCA